CCCGCUCCGCCUCUACUAGGACUCGAUUGCGCAAAUAAAAGCCUAAAACCCUAAUUAAAACUCCAUCCCCUUCCACCCUCUUCUUCGAUGGCGACGAUUCUCUUCGCCGGAGAGGGCGCGUGUGAAUUCCACGUCGUCUCCAUCUCUGUGUCUCUCAACUCUGUCCUAUGAAGAGAAGUUAGCUUUAAAGAGUAAAUUGAAGGCUGGUCUUGUUCACUUGAGAUCAGCAACUGAAAAUAUUGGUGACAAAAGAUUGGUUCAGGUUUAUCAACAGUUUUACAAGAUCCUUCUGAAGAGUGUUUCUGGUCUUGUUAACAAGCUUUUGACCAGCGAGAAUUUUCAAGGCUCAAUGUCUAAGAAAAGGAGGAUAGCUGAGGCAUGCCGAGAACAAACGGAUUCUGGUAAUCACUCUGCAGUUGAAGAAAUUGCGAGUGCUGAAAAGUCUGAAGUGACAUCAACUGUUACAGGAGUUUCUAAAGUGCGGUUCUUGGUGAAUUCACAAAUUGCUGGUGGAAAGGUUGAAAAGAUGGACAUUACUAAAAUGAGACUGUGCGCCAAUAUUCUAAAGAAACUGAUGAAUCAUCGAUAUGGCUGGGUAUUCAAUCAACCUGUUGAUCCUGUGAAAUUGAAUAUUCCGGAUUAUUUUUCUAUCAUCUCCAAACCGAUGGACCUGGGUACAGUAAAUAAGAAACUUAUGAGCAAGCUAUAUGUGAGCACCCAUCAGUUCGCAGCUGAUGUGAGGCUAACUUUCUCAAAUGCAAUGAGAUAUAACCCUCCUGGAAAUGAUGUUCAUAUUAUGGCCCUGGAAUUGAAUAACUUAUUCAAUUUAGCAUGGAAAUCAUUGGAGUGUAACUGGAGGAAGGAAAAUCCAAAUUUGGUGAAGCAGGCAGAGACAAAUAAGAGAGCUAUCGGGCGUUCAAAUUCAUUUCCUAAGAGAUCCCUGACAAAAUCUGAAAAAUUGAAGCUAAGAAAAGAUUUAGCAAAAAUACCAGUCCGAAAAAUGCCAGCUCGAUUGCUGAAUUUUCUUAGGAAAGAAUGUAUGCUUGAAAAGAUCGGCGAGAGAAUCAAUGUGGAUAUUGAUAUGUUUGAUGAUGAGGUUUUGGUGGAGCUGCAUCAAGUUUUGAAGAGUAUUCUGGAUGCUGGACCUGCAAAACCUUCACGGGUGAUAAGAAAAUAUCCCGAAGGACCUGGGCAGUGCUCGUGGGAAGGUGACGCCAAUGCGAAAGCUCUUACAAGACUUUCUGAUUGUGCAAAUGGGACUUGUGGUAGCUUGUAUCAUUGCAGCAACCGUAGCAAUGACUUAAGUGAAGAUGUAGAUUUAGCAAGAUUUUCUGGUAGAAAUGAUUAUUCAUGUCAUUCUAUGUCUUCUAAUUUGGAGGAUAUGCAAGACUUAUCAGGUGUGCAAAUAGGCGACCCCAGUUCUGAGUUGGCUGAGGGAGUUGUUGAAGGCGACAAGGCUUACUCUCCUUCCCAUCCUUCCAGUCCAGCUACCAUCUUUGAUAAAGGUGAGAAUGAUAUUCUUUGUGAGGAAUUGCUGUCACCUUCCAGAGCCCUCCGAGCUGCUAUGUUGAAGAGUCGUUUUGCUGAUACUAUUGUUAAAGCACAGCAGAAAGCCCUUUUAGAUCAUGGGAAGAAAAUAGACCCGGUGAAGUUGCAAAUGGAAAGAGAAAAACUGAAAAAGAGGCAGCAGGAAGAGAAAGCAAGGAUUGAGGCUCAAGUAAAGGCUGCAGAGGCUGCUGCAAAAAUGAGGGCAGAAGCUGAACUCAAGAGACAAAGGGAGAGGGAAAGAGAAGCUGCUCGUUUGGCAUUGCAGAUGAUGAAGAAGACCGUGGAUAUCGACAACAGCGAGUUUUUGAAAGAUUUAGAGAGAUUGAGCUACUGUCAAACAGGGUAUCACCUGGGUAUGCAUGAUGAUUCAUGGGCUAAUUAUAUGGAUGGGAUCGAUAUGAAAUUCGGCACCGCAAACCCACUGGAGAAGUUAGGUCUAUUUAUGAAGCAUGAUGAGUUUGAUGAGGAGGCCGAGGAUUGGGUAUCGGCUACGGGACAUGGCGACGUGGAGGAGGGGGAGAUUGGUUGUUAGCAGUCUAGAGUUUUUGAGCACCUCUGCUGCAUUAUUCUUUUUUAAUUUUUUGUUAAUAACUAUUUGAAUGACUCAAAUGAUAAGGUGGAAAAUCUAUUUUAUGUAAAGGUGGUGACUAAAGGCUGAACAUGUUGGCGAGUUAUAGACAAAGAAGAAUGAUUUGAGUUAUGCAUGGAGUUGUUGGUUCUGUCACGAAGUCACGUUUUGUCGGAACAAUUUAGUUGGUAAAGAGUGACUAGAACAUUGUAUAGAUUAUUUCUUGUAACUUGUAUGGUAUCGUAGUUAGUUUUAUUUCAUCAGCUUUGCUGCGAAGCAUUUGCAUUCACAACCAGUGCAACUCUGUUUUCAAGCGUGACCCUGUGCAAUCUUACCGGACUUAACGUUUGCAUA